CGACGACGACGACCAUCACCACGACUGACGACGGAUUGCUCUUCGGUCGUUCCUCGCAGACAACUUCAGAACGGCGGCAGCUACGGCUGAGUUGACACGAAUGAAUUGUGUUGUUCAUAGCGGAAGCCAGCGGAAGCCACAUUGAUAGGCCUCCUCUUUGCUAUGUGACAUCCCUCUGUCUGUCUGCCUGCCUACUUGCCUGCCUGCCUGCCUGCCUACCUGCUUGCCUGCCUGUUCGCCGUUGCAUCGUGCAACUUGUGUGCCGUGGUGCAGUGCGUUAAUCACUGGCGUGACUGACGAAGACAGAGCGUUUCCUUAGGGUGAAGAGAGGGAUUGAUCUCUUUCCGCCGAUCUUGGUGGUGUGUGCACGGCGUGACGCGGCACGGUGUGGUGCGGUACGGUGCGGUACAGUGCGGUACGGUGUGAUACGGUACGGUACAGUACGGUACAGUGCGGUGCGGUGCGGUGUUGUACAGUGCGAACGGCUCGUUCACGCGAGAGUAUUAUCGUCGACCUUUAAAUGUGUCAGCAUGGAAAAUCAAACGAGCGGACUGGAUCAAUUUUGCGGCACGAAAUUCUGGGAUGCUAAUCUAACAUGGUACACAGACACUCCAGAUUUAACAGAAUGUUUCCAAAAGACAGUACUAGUAUGGAUACCAUGUGGAUUUCUAUGGAUGUUCUCGGUGAUAGAAGGAUAUUACUUUUUAAAUAGCAAAAGAAGAAACGUCCCGUACACGUGGUUAUUUAUUUCUAAACAAGUACUUACAAUAGGAUUAAUUUUACUUUGCAUAGUCGACUUAGGAGUGGCAAUACAUGAAAGUACUAAAGAUACGGUCUACAGUGUUGAUUUUUACACACCCGUUAUAAAAAUCAUUAGCUUUACAUUAGCAUCGGUUUUGAUGCAGUACAAUAGAAAAUAUGGAAUGCGAACAUCGGGUCUUUUAUUCUUGUUUUGGUUCUUUGUUGUAAUAUGUGGAUGUGUCCAAUAUAGAAGCUUUGUAAAUGAGUUCAUUAAAGGGGCAGAGCCAACAUAUCCAUUGGUGUCUUAUAUGAUCUACUAUCCAAUAGUAGUAAUAUUGUUUGUACUUAAUUUUCUGGUUGAUGCAGAGCCUAAAUUCUCCGAAUAUCCUACGGUCGAAUCUCCAUGUCCAGAGCAAAGCUCUUCUUUCCCUUCCAGAGUGAUUUUCGCUUGGUUCGAUUCUUUAGCCUGGAAGGGUUUUCGAAAACCGCUCGAGACAUCCGAUUUAUGGUCGAUGAAUCCGGAGGAUAUGGCCUCGGAAAUUGUGCCAAAAUUUGACAAAUAUUGGAAUAAAAACUUGAGAAAAACAGACGAGCUGAUUUGGACUUACUUUAGAGUAGAAAACGCAAAAGCAUCAUUCCGAAAAGCGUCUGGACAAGUAAACUUUAACAGUAAUCGAAAAAAAAAGAUUGCCUCUAUCUUACCGCCUAUCUGCAAAGCUUUUGGAGCAACAUUUUUAUUUGGUGCAUUCCUCAAAUUGAUUCAAGACGUUAUGACCUUUAUUAGUCCACAAAUAUUAAAGCUUCUGAUUGGUUUUAUUGAAGGAGAAGAGUCAAUGUGGAAAGGAUAUUUUUAUGCUGCAUUACUUUUACUUACAGCAAUGCUUCAAACAUUAGUACUGUCCCAAUAUUUUCAUCGUAUGUUUUUGGUCGGACUACGCAUACGUACUGCAUUAAUCGCAGCGAUUUACCGUAAAGCGCUGAGAAUGUCGAAUUCUGCGAGGAAAGAAUCCACACUCGGCGAAAUAGUGAAUUUAAUGUCCGUAGACGCUCAAAGAUUUAUGGACCUAACCGCGUACAUAAAUAUGAUCUGGUCGGCACCCCUGCAAAUAGUGUUAGCUUUAUAUUUUCUCUGGGAAGUAUUAGGGCCGGCUGUACUCGCUGGUUUAGCAGUUAUGAUCAUUCUUAUUCCCGUGAAUGGAUUAAUCGCUAACAAAGUGAAAACGCUGCAAAUCAAACAGAUGAAAAGCAAAGACGAAAGAGUGAAGUUAAUGAACGAAGUACUUAAUGGUAUUAAAGUUUUGAAACUUUAUGCAUGGGAGCCUUCAUUCGAGCAACAAAUACUUAAAAUUAGAGUCAAGGAAAUUCAAGUAUUAAAAGAAGCGGCGUAUCUCAAUGCCGGUACGAGUUUCAUAUGGUCGUGCGCGCCCUUUUUGGUAUCGCUGGUAUCUUUUACAACUUAUGUACUUAUAGACGAAAAGAAUGUCCUAGAUAGCACAACUGCCUUUGUUUCGCUCAGUUUGUUCAACAUUUUAAGAUUUCCACUCUCUAUGCUGCCUAUGAUGAUUGGUAAUAUAGUUCAAGCUUAUGUCUCUGUAAAACGCAUUAAUAAAUUUAUGAAUAUGGAGGAAUUAAAUCCAAACAAUGUACAGCAUGAUCCAUCAGAUGCACACGCAUUAACUAUUGAGAAUGGUAGUUUCUGUUGGGAUAAUGAAGAUAUUGAGAGACCAAUACUACGAAAUAUCAAUUUCCAUGUAGAACAAGGUCAAUUAAUAGCAAUAGUUGGUACAGUGGGAUCAGGUAAGAGUUCUCUUUUAUCUGCUCUGCUUGGCGAGAUGGACAAAUUAAAUGGAAGAGUAAAUACAAAAGGUUCAAUUGCGUACGUUUCGCAGCAACCGUGGAUACAAAAUGCCACAUUGCAGGACAAUAUCCUAUUUGGAAAGGCCUUGAAUAAAUCGAUAUACAAUCGUGUGAUUGAAGCGUGUGCAUUGAGUCCUGAUCUUAAGAUGCUACCUGCAGGAGAUCAAACGGAGAUCGGAGAGAAAGGCAUAAAUUUGUCUGGUGGUCAAAAGCAGAGAGUGGCCUUAGCUAGAGGUGUAUAUAAUGAUUCGGAAAAUUAUUUCCUGGAUGAUCCUCUGAGCGCAGUAGAUUCACAUGUAGGAAAACACAUUUUUGAGAAAGUGAUAGGUCCAAACGGCCUGUUGAAAAAGAAAACUAGAGUGCUUGUUACACAUGGCAUCACGUACCUGCCAGAGGUCGACAACAUUAUUGUUCUUAAAGAUGGCGAGAUAACAGAGAGUGGAACUUACAAACAGUUGUUAGAGAAGAAAGGUGCUUUUGCCGAUUUCUUAGUGCAACAUUUACAAGAAGUUGGAAAUCUGCACGUUGAUGAGGGUUCUGAAGCAGAUUUGCGUGAAAUUAAACAGCAACUUGAGUCAACGAUGGGAGUUGACGAAUUGCAACAAAAAUUAACUCGCGUACGGUCCAGAAUAUCCGAAAGUUUAAGUGAAUCCGGUUCUGUAGCCGAAAGAAAAUCACUCAAUGGUUCUCUGACAAGGCAAUAUUCGACGGAAAGUCAACAAUCAGCAAAUUACAUGCAUAGCAAUAGUACAAAAGAAAAAGAAACAUCGAAGCCCAACAAUGUCGGGGAGAAACUGAUAGAAAUUGAAAAAGCUGAAACCGGAAGCGUAAAAUGGAAAGUGUAUUCUCAUUACUUGAAAUCUAUUGGAUGGUUCUUAUCGAUAUCAACAAUCGUGAUGAAUGCGGUCUUCCAAUCGUUCAGCAUUGGCUCAAGCGUUUGGCUCAGCGUUUGGUCGAAUGAUAAUCAAACCGUUGUGAAUGGCACGGUCGAUACAGCGAAGCGAGACAUGUACCUUGGAGUAUAUGGUGCACUCGGUUUUGGCCAAGCCACUUUUGUAGUACUGUCGCAGAUAGCGUUGGUUAUUGGCUGCCUGCAGAGCAGUAAACUGCUGCAUUCCGAGUUAUUGUUCGGUGUACUACGAUCACCUUUAGGAUUCUUUGAUACUACGCCGUCCGGCCGAAUAUUAAAUCGUUUUGGAAAGGAUAUUGACAUAGUAGACAACCUUUUACCUCCGACUCUUAGGUUUUGGUUCCUUUGUCUAGUAUCGGUGAUAGCUACUCUUGUUGUCAUAAGUUACAGUACACCUGUAUUUAUCUUGGUGAUACUGCCAAUAGGUGCGAUUUAUUAUUUUAUUCAACGUUUUUACGUUGCAACGUCGCGCCAACUAAAACGACUAGAGUCAGUGUCGAGAUCUCCUAUAUACUCGCAUUUUAGUGAAUCAGUGACUGGUGCGCCGAUAAUUAGAGCAUAUGGUGUGCAAGAACAAUUCAUUCAUGAAUCUGAAAAUAGAGUAGAUUUCAAUCAAGUAUGUUACUUUCCCAGCAUUAUCGCAAACAGAUGGCUGGCUGUGAGAUUGGAAAUGGUUGGAAAUUUAAUUAUAUUCUUCUCAGCAUUAUUCGCAGUUUUAAGUAGGGAUACCAUGAGUUCAGGACUUGUUGGUUUAUCGGUCAGCUACGCCUUACAAAUUACUCAGACCUUAAACUGGCUGGUACGCAUGACGUCCGACGUAGAGACUAAUAUCGUCGCAGUAGAGAGAAUAAAGGAGUACGGCGAGACUGCGCAAGAAGCAGCGUGGAAAAAUACGGAGUAUACACCUCCGAAAGAGUGGCCUAAGCAUGGUCGCGUCGAUUUUAAGGACUUCAAAGUUCGCUACAGGGAGGGAUUGGAUCUCGUGUUGAACGGUUUGACGUUUAGCGUUCUCGGCGGCGAGAAAGUCGGCAUAGUGGGCAGAACCGGCGCUGGAAAAUCAUCCUUGACACUGGCGCUUUUCAGAAUAAUUGAGGCGGCUAAUGGGAAAAUCUUGAUCGAUGAUAUCGACAUCUCUAAGCUGGGUCUUCAUGAUCUGCGUUCAAAAUUGACCAUCAUUCCUCAGGAUCCUGUACUGUUCUCCGGAACAUUAAGGAUGAAUCUGGAUCCCUUUGAUUGCCAUUCCGACGAGGAAGUGUGGAGAGCGUUGGAACACGCUCACCUUAAAUCAUUUGUAAAAAAUUUGCCGAAUGCCCUUUUGCACGAAGUUACCGAAGGUGGAGAGAAUUUAAGCGUAGGGCAACGACAAUUGAUCUGUUUGGCGAGAGCAUUACUUAGGAAAACAAAAGUUCUGAUAUUAGAUGAGGCAACAGCUGCGGUUGAUUUAGAGACAGACGAUUUAAUUCAGACUACUAUCCGUCAAGAAUUUAAAGAUUGUACAGUUCUUACAAUAGCACACAGACUCAAUACUAUUUUAGAUUCAGACAGGGUAAUUGUAUUGGACAAGGGUCUGAUUGUCGAAUAUGAUUCUCCAGAAGUGCUACUUCGCAAUUCAUCUAGCUCUUUCUACAGUAUGGCCAAGGACGCAGGUCUAGCUGCUUAAGCGAAAAAAAUGCAUAUUACUUAAUGAUUUUUUAGCGGUUAUAUAUUAUCUGCGAGCCAAUGCGUCAAAGUAAAUGAUAAGCAGAGCCAUAGAACAAAAAAAA